AUGCGCCUCCCGUCGCUUUCCUCCCUCCUCUGCCUCGCGGGCCUGGCGUCCCUGCCAGUGGCUACAGCCUACGACGGCAGUGAUCCCAAUAUCAAGAGCAUCCCCCUUCGCACCCACAGUCUCGCUCCGCCAUACCUCGAUUCCGACUUCCAAAGCCGCUGGUUCGACUUCGGGGGAGACACGAUCAUCCGCGCUGACAAAUAUAUCCGCCUAACCUCAGACCGCCCAUCGCAGCAGGGAUGGGUCUUCUCGCGUGUGCCUCUGACCGCGACCAAUUGGCAGAUCGAACUCGAAUUCGCAAUUCACGGCGAGGGCAAUCUGCACGGCGAUGGCUUCGCCCUCUGGCUCACCAAGCAGCGCGCCACCCAGGGCCCGGUCUUUGGUUCAGCAGACCAGUUCGAGGGCCUGGGUAUCUUCUUCGAUACCUACAAGAAUAACCGCCCCGGCACGUCGUUCCCCUACGUCAUGGCCAUGAUGGGUGAUGGACAGACCACGUACGACCAGGCGCACGACGGCAAGGCCAACGAGCUCGCCGGCUGCUCCGCCCGCGGUAUUCGAAGCGCCCAGGUCCCAACCAAGGCCCGUCUUACCUAUUUCCAGGACAAGUCCCUGACCCUGGACCUGCAAUACAAGACCGAGGACACGUGGACAAACUGCUUCACUCUGUCCGCCGACGACGCCAAUAUCGCCAUCCCCUCCGUCGCUUACCUGGGUCUGUCCGCCGAAACGGGUGAGCUGAGCGACGCCCACGACAUCAUCUCCCUCAAGGCAGAGAACCUGUACUCUAUCAGCCGGGGCCAGAAUAACGCUGGCAGCCGCGGUCCUUCAUCGGAUGGCCGGACCAACAACAAGUCCAAGAAGGAGAAGAGCAGCGGUAGCUGGCUGGGGUUCUUGUUUAAGACAGUGCUCUUCUUCGCGGCUAUUGCUGGUGGGUAUAUGGGCUGGACGAUCUACCGGACGAAGGCACGGUCUUCGCGGUUUUGA